AUGAGACUCACGAACGGUACCGUUCCCGUCUACACGGUUGCUGGCUCGUCAAUAAAUCGCAACCUCCCAGACUGGCUUUCCCAGCGGCAGAAACGCAAGAAAGACCCCGAGUAUGCAAAUCGCGUCGAACUGCUGCAGGACUUCGAGUUCGAGGAAGCGAGCCAGUGCGUGCGGAUCAGCGAAGAUGGAGAAUGGGUUAUGAGCACCGGCACCUACAAGCCGCAAAUCCAUACACAUUAUCUGCCCAACCUUGCACUUUCCUGGGCGAGACACACGAAUACCCUGAACAAGACCUUCAUCUUCCUCUCUACCGACUACUCUAAGACUGCCCAUCUGCAGGAAGAUCGUUCACUAGAAUUUCACACCCCGGGCGGAUGCCACGAGUCGCUACGGAUCCCUCGCUAUGGUCGCGACCUUGCAUAUGACAGAAGCAAUGCGGAGCUGCUGGUCCCUGCGGUUGGUGUCAACAAGAGUGGCAUGGGUGAAGUUUUCAGGUUUAAUCUUGAGCUGGGACGAUUCAUGAGCGAAUUCGAAGUUGAUGUCGGUGGGGAUGACUUGAACACAGUCGGUGGCGGAGCGCUCCAAGGUGGCAUCCAGGCCGGAAGUGUUAAUGUGGCCGCUGUGGCAGAGGGAAGUCACAAUCUGCUAGCAUUUGGAACGUCGCGGGGCACAAUUGAGUAUUGGGACACCCGCUCAAGAGCGCCAGUGGCGACACUGGCUGUACCUUCAGACUUCGAUGGACGGCCCGAGGUUACGGCGCUCGACUACCAUCGAUCCGGGAUCAGCAUGGCCGUUGGAACUUCCUCUGGCCUCAUUUAUCUUUACGAUCUCCGUUCGUCGCUCCCCACCCUCAAGAAAGACCAGGGAUAUGGCUACCCUAUUCAGUAUGUGCAAUACUUGACCCAGGGCGUUCAAACCCGAGACUCGGUAACUGAACCCAAGAUUGCGUCUGCCGACCGACGAAUACUAAAGCUCUGGGACGAAUCAGACGGGACGCCCUGGACGUCGGUGGAGCCAGCUGUGGACAUCAAUUGCGUGGCUUGGUGUAAAGAUAGCGGCAUGUUUUUGACAGCCAAUGAAGGCCGACAGCAGCAUGCUUUUUUCAUUCCCCAGCUCGGGCCAGCCCCAAAGUGGUGCUCGUUCCUGGACAACGUCGUCGAAGAAAUGGCUGACGACCCCAACGACCCCUAUGCUUUCACAAAGACAAAGGUCGGUGAGAUCUACGACAAUUACAAAUUCCUUACCCCACCUCAGCUGCGCAUGCUCAAUCUGGAUCAUCUGGUCGGCAAGACAAACUUGCUGCGUCCUUACAUGCACGGCUUCUUCGUCGCUCAGGGUCUCUAUGAGGAAGCGAGGCUCAUCGCAAAUCCCACCAGCUGGGAAGAGGAAAGAGCCAAACGAGUCCAGGCGAAGAUUGACAAGGAGCGGGAGAGCAGGAUCCGGGGCAAGAAAAAGAUUACCGCCAAGGUCAAUCGCAAAUUUUUGGAGAGGAUACUUGAGCGAGAAGAGAAGAAUGAGAGGCGGCGGGCUCAGCGUGUGUUGGCCCGGGGUGGCGACGAAGGUGCCCCAGCAGAAGCGGCCAGCAACGCUGCAGCUCAGGGUGAAGACAAAGGUCUGUUCCCUGAUGCUCGAUUUGCGAGGAUGUUUCAAGAAGAGGACUACGCUGUGGACGAAACUUCGAGGGAGUUUCAGCAACUCAACCCUAGCACCAAAGCGCCUGCUUCAAACCUGGACAGAGAGAAAGGUCUCACAGCCGUCGAGGAAGAAGCCAUCGACGAGGUACCUGGGUCAAGCGAUGAAGAAGAGCAAGACGAAGACGAUUUCUAUGGCAGCCGAAAUAAGUCAGAUACCCGGAUAUCGACCGCCGAUUACAAACGUCGUCCGAACAAGAAGCAGAAAAAGAGAGAUCCGAUACAGAUGCGUGUCACAUCGUCAGGAGCAAGAAGUGCCGCAAGAACGACUCAUGACCAGUCCUUUGGGUCUCGGGCGGAAAAUCUCCAGCCUGUUGAACGAAAGCAGCGUAGGGCAGGGUUUGGUGGAGCUGCGGGUGACAAGGUCAUCACGUUCGAGCCGACAAAGAAAUCUAAAGCUUUGGAUCAGUCACACAGUUGGUCGACCCGCACCUCAAGAGGACCUGAUCGAAGAAGUGCAUCCGGAAACACGUUCAGAAAGAUGUAA